ACACCGCCGCGGGCCACAGAGAGAGAAAUCGACUUUCCCGCGUUAUUAAAACGGCAAUCUUCGCGGUCGCGCCAAGAUGAAUUCAAGAAAACCAUUUCAAAACCUCCACUCGUCAGUUACCAACUCGACUUUCCCUCUGUCUCUCUCUCUCUCGCUAUCGCCGUUGUCAUGGAGUCCUUCUUCCAAGGCAUCAGGUCCAGAGAACUCACCGGAUUGCAAGUUCGAAAACGGCCGUAUAUCGGUGAUAAGGCGUCUGAUUUUGCUGUAUGUGGAGCUCUAGAAGUUGAACACAAUGGCGAAGAGACGCCUCCAUUGGCCAUUUCUUUUGCCAAGUCAAGUAAAAAUUCACAUGUUUUGGCGGUGUCUGAUGAGGAUGGGUACUUGAGCUUAUUUGACACUCGAAAAAAUUUUCCUCCUUAUGCAUCUCAGCAAGAAUAUUCAGAUAAAUCAAGAAUCAGUGAUUGGGAGGCUCAUCAGAAUGCCAUAUUUGAUAUCUGCUGGAUCAAGGAAGAUACCAACUUACUCACAGCUUCAGGUGAUCAAACUAUUAAGGUAUGGGAUGCACAGAAGCAGAAAUGCACUGGAGUUCUAAUGGGGCAUACUGGAAGUAUUAAAUCUAUAUAUUGCCAUCCAACAAAUUCUGAUCUUCUUGUUUCCGGUUCAAGAGAUGGGUCCUUUGCCAUGUGGGACUUGAGGUGUAAGAAUGCUUCCAAAAAUCGACGCACUGAAGCUUGCAUAACUCCAACGACCAUGAUCAGAAGAGCUCAUCUUUCACCUCAAUCAAAGCGAGUUAGAAGAAAGAAGGCUGCUUCCAUGAGCAUUACAUCAGUUCUUUAUCUCAAAGAUGGGAUUUCCAUUGCCACCGCCGGAGCAGUGGACAGCAUUGUAAAAUUCUGGGAUACCAGAUAUUUGAAGGCUCAGGUCACUCAGGCGUGUCCUCGUCCUAAGUCAUCAACAGGAAAGGAGAGAAGAUUACAUGGUACAUCUAGCCUGUCCCAGGAUUCAAAUGGUGUCUUUCUUACAGCUUCAUGCAUGGAUAAUAGUAUCUACUUGUAUAAUGUGCUUCAGCUUGAAAAAGGUCCAGUUAGGUCAUUCUCUGGAUGCCGGAUUGAAUCAUUUUAUGUGAAGUCGGAAAUCAGUCCUGAUGCAGCUCAACUUCUAAGUGGCUCAAGUGAUGGAAAUGCCUACAUAUGGCAGGUGAACAAGCCUGACACCGAUCCCGUUACAUUGAAAACCCAUGAUGGAGAAGUUACAGCAGUAAAUUGGUGCCCAUUAGAUGGCAAGAUAGCUACUGCUUCAGAUGAUUUCACAGUUCGCAUUUGGAAUAUCCAAAGCAAUUAUUUUUCAAAUUCAAGAUCAUCAUCUUCCAUCAGGAGGAGAAUAAUGGCACUUCCAACUGAGGAAUGUAGAAAGCUCUUAAGGAAUGAAGAACAGAUGGGUCUUGCAAAAACUCCUUGUUCUUUGCAUCCUUCAGAUGAAGUAUGCUAUGAAAUUGAUUCUCCAAACUCUAUCACAAUGCCUUCAGUAAGUACUCCUGAAUCGCAGAAGAAAAGGUUUUCAUCAGAUUCUGAUUCAAAAGAAACCUUUGAGAGAACACCUGAAGCAGCAACAAAGAGUCCAUCUUCUGUGUUGAACCCUCCUCCGUCUUCCCUGAAAAGAAAAACUAUCCGGGAUUAUUUUCUAGCAGCUUAGUAAGAGAAAAAAUAUAUAUACAUUAAUGAGUUGCAUUCCUCCGUGCCAGGUCUUUUUACUGGUAGCUACUGGGGGUCAUUUUCUUACAUCAUAUUGGAUUGAUGUUGAAAUGUAUAGAAAGAAACCUGAGAUUUUUUUGGUCGAUUUUUUUGUACAAUCAACUUAUUCUACAAUGUCUUCUUGGGUAUAAAAGUAAUUGACGAAUGUGUACAUUUGUAGC